AUGGCGACUAUUGCUUCGUCGCGGGUAGACGAACUCGUACAAACUGUUACCCUUCAUAAUCCUCGAAAAUUGCUGUUUACGGGCUAUAUUUUACCCUUUGUGAUAUUACACGCUAUCUGGAUUUAUAGUUGGAUUUUUGUCUACGGAAUUGACGAGUAUUAUGAUGCAGGGUUAGUGGGUAUAGCGGCUAUCGGCGUAUUACAAAUUUUGAUAUGUUUGUGUUGCCAGUGGUCAGUGCAUAUACACACUUUUCUCAAUUGUAGCUCGGAAAUAAAUCCUUAUAAAGCGAAAAUAGCGAAAGUAGUUCCUACUCCAAACAAUGGAAGUUCAGAACUUAUUAAAUUGCACCAUUCUGAACAACAAGAACCAUGGUUUAUAUUUCAAAAAACCAAGUAUCACUGGAAUCCUGAUAAGAAAAGCUUUGAAGGCCUUCAGUUUCCAAUUAAUCAUUCUGUCAAACAUUAUUGUGAAUGGAAUGGAUACUUGGAUGAAAAAGAUAUUACGGCAGCAGAGGAUAAAUAUGGCAAGAAUAAGUUGGAUAUGGUGGUACCAGAAUUUAGGGAACUAUUUAAAGAAAGAGCAAUUGCACCAUUCUUUGUUUUUCAAGUAUUUUAUGUAGCAUUAUGGUGCUUAGAUAAGUAUUGGUAUUACAGUAUUUCGACACUUAUUAUGCUCAUUAUGUUUGAAUAUACACUGGUACAACAACAACUUAAAAAUAUGGCUGAAAUUAGGAAAAUGGGAAAUAAACCGUACAUGAUAAUGGUCUAUAGGAACAGAAGAUGGCGUUCCAUGUUCACCGAUCAACUAGUUCCUGGUGACAUUGUAUCAAUAACAAGAUCUCAGAAUGAUAAUUUAGUGCCAUGUGACAUGUUACUUUUAAGAGGACCUUGUGUAAUUGAUGAGAGUAUGCUAACAGGAGAGUCAGUUCCUCAAAUGAAAGAACCUAUAGAAGAUGUUGAUGGACAUAAGCAAUUGGAUAUAGAAGGUGAUGGUAAACUUCAUGUACUUUUUGGAGGCACAAAAGUUGUGCAACAUUCUCCACCCAGUAAAAGUAUGCCUGGCCUUAAAGCUACUGAUAAUGGCUGUGUGGCUUACGUUUUACGUACCGGAUUUUCAACAUCACAGGGUAAACUUUUGAGGACAAUACUGUUUGGGGUAAAACGCGUUACAGCUAACAAUUUGGAAGCAUUCGGCUUUAUCUUAUUUUUACUAGUAUUUGCAAUUGCUGCAGCAUCAUAUGUAUGGAUUAAAGCAAGUGAAGAUCCUACACGAAAUAGAUAUAAAUUGUUCUUGGAGUGUACACUUAUUCUGACAUCAGUUAUUCCUCCAGAAUUGCCUAUUGAGUUAUCAUUGGCUGUUAAUACUUCAUUAUUAGCUCUAUCAAAACUAGGUGUAUUUUGCACCGAACCUUUCAGGAUACCGUUUGCGGGAAAAGUUGAAAUAUGUUGCUUCGAUAAAACUGGUACUUUAACCAGUGACAAUCUCGUAGUUGAGGGUAUAGCAGGGAUUCAGGGAAAGCCUGAUGUUAUACAAAUUUCUGAUGCACCUAUAGAAAGUAUUCAAGUACUUGCAACGUGUCAUUCUCUUGUACAAUUGGACGAUGGAAUUGUUGGGGAUCCUCUCGAAAAAGCUACGUUAAGGGCUAUAAAAUGGAACCUUACAAAAGCGGAUUCCAUGAUACCCAGGAAAGGACAAUCACCCGUCUUAAAAAUAGUGCAAAGACAUCACUUUUCUUCCGCGUUAAAACGGAUGGCAGUCGUUGCUGGGUAUACAACACCAGGAUCAUCAGAAAUUAAUUAUAUGACUACUGUAAAAGGUGCUCCUGAAGUUAUCAAAACUAUGUUGUCAUCUGUGCCAGAAAAUUAUGAUUCGACAUAUUUGUCACUUUCGCGCCGCGGAGCAAGGGUACUAGCCUUAGGAUAUCGAAAAAUUUCUGGUUCUUUAACGUCGCAAGAUUUAAGAGAGCUAACACGAGACGAUUUAGAAAAAAAUCUUAUUUUUGCUGGAUUUGUAAUUAUAAGUUGUCCACUUAAGCCUGAUUCUGAAGCUGUCAUUAAGGAGAUCGUGCAUUCUUCACAUUCAGUUGUUAUGAUUACGGGUGAUAAUCCUUUGACAGCUUGUCAUGUUGGUCGUGAAUUACACUUUACAAAGAAACCAGUUACGCUUAUAUUAACUUGUUAUGAUGGAGAGUGGUUAUGGGAAAGCGUAGACAGAAAAAUAAACUUACCUUUGGAAAUGAAAAAUGUUUCUGUGCGGCGUAAUGAAAUUUGGCGAGAGUACGCUCUUUGCGUAACAGGAGAGGGUUUAACAUACUUGAAAGAUAAUGCACGAGAGUUACUUCGUAAAUUGUUACCGCAUGUCGUCAUCUUUGCAAGAUGUGAACCAAAACAAAAAGAAUUUAUAAUUGUCACUUUGCAAGAUUUAGGAUAUACAACUCUGAUGUGUGGAGACGGUACUAAUGAUGUUGGUGCUUUAAAACAUGCUCAAGUUGGUGUCGCCAUUCUAUCGAGCCUAUCUGAUAGAAUAUCUACAGAAAAGCAAGAUAAUGCAAAACAUGAAAGCUUGAUCUCUAAUUCGGCAGUGGUAAAUGGUCCAAGAUCAAAUCCAAGAGUUCCUGCUAAUGCUAGAGCAAAAAUACAGAAAAUUCUAAAAGAACUUGAAGAACAAUCAGUAAUAGUUAAGUUAGGAGAUGCUUCAAUUGCAGCACCUUUCACUAGCAAAAUGUCUUCGAUUCAGUGUAUAUGUCACGUUAUAAAACAAGGACGAUGCACUUUGGUUACCACUUUGCAGAUGUUUAAAAUUUUGGCACUUAACGCGUUGGGACUUGCAUACAGUCAAUCGGUUCUCUAUUUAGAUGGAAUACACUUCAGUGAUGCACAGGCUACGUUACAGGGUAUUCUUCUGGCUAUUUGCUUUUUAUUUAUUUCAAGGUCAAAACCAUUGACUACAUUAUCUAAACAAAGACCUCUCCCAAAUAUUUUUAACUUAUACACCAUUGCCACGGUACUACUUCAAUUUGCUGUGCAUUUUGUCUCCCUUGUAUAUUUGGUAAGGGAAGCAACAUUUUUAUCUCCAAAGAGUGAUAAAUUAGCAGCUAUACUAACUCCAAGUAGUAAUGCAACCAAUACAACUAUGGUCUCGAUUCCAAAUUUGAAUGACGAGGACGAACCUUUUGAACCAAAUCUAUUAAACAGUACGGUUUUCAUUAUUGUCAUGGCGAUCCAAAUUUCUACAUUCGCAAUUAAUUAUCGGGGUCAACCAUAUAUGGAAAGUUUAUUGCAGAAUAAAUCUUUAUUAUACUGCCUUAUGGGCAGUAGUAUUGUUAUAUUAGGACUAGCUUGUGGCUUUUUGCCCGAGUUAGCGACACUAUUUGAAAUUGUGGAUUUCCCAAGUGAUUUCCGCAGACUUCUUGUUCAAGUAUUAAUAGCAGAUUUUGCCCUUGCCUAUGUGGUUGACAGAGUUUGUUCAUGGCUUUUUGGAGAAGGAAGAUAUCAAAAACUGUGA